AUGUACCAAAUAGGCGUAUUAGUUGGGUCCAUUAGAAAUCCCAGAUGCUGUCCACAAAUUGCGGAAUUUAUUGUAAACCGUUUAAAGGCAGAGCAUGAAGGUACAUCAAGCAUCAAUUUCAAUAUUAUCGAUUUGCAAAAGCAGAAUUUGCCUUUCUAUGACGAACCCGGAAUUCCAGCCAUGAUCAAAGAUCCAAUGCAGUACGAGCAUGAGCACACGAGACGAUGGAGUAAGCUUAUCUCAGCCCAGGACGGUUUCAUAUUCGUCUCACCGCAGUAUAAUUGGGGGUAUCCUGCUGGUUUGAAAAAUGCCAUAGAUUAUCUCUCAAAUGAAUGGAAGGAGAAGAAAGCUACGGUUGUGACCUACGGCAGCCAUGGUGGUGAUAAAUGUAAUGAACAACUUACCCAGGUUUUGACAGGUAUUGGAUUGGAGGUUACCUCAAAGACAGUACAACUGUCGUUCCCCAACAGAGACAUUCUAUUCAAAGCGGCGCAGGGAGAAAAUAUCAAUAUCGAAAAUGGGAAGGUUUUCGAAAGCUCCUAUGAUGAUAUAAGUGAAUCUUUUGAAGAAUUGGUGGCUCUUAUUUCUAACAAAACUUGA